GCAGGGCUCUGACUCACAAUCGGUUGUCAUUGGGACGAGUCAUAGUGAAAAUUUUUAUAUUUUUUAAGAAAAAUAAAUAAUUAAAAAAUUUAUAAAAUUUUCCUAAUACCAACAAAUUGUAAACACUUAUUUAAUUGUUGCAAAUAAAUAAAAUCUCUUUUAAUUUCAUAGAAAAUUAAAAAAGAGAUUUUCUAUUCAGCAAAUUUUUUUCGCAUAUUAAAUAUGAAUAGGUGUGCGUGAGUGAGUGUAUAUGUGUGAGAGUGUGUGCAAAUGAUGAGCAAUUUUUCUUACUGCAUGACAGGCCAUUCCCAAAACGAUUUUCCAAUUGAUUAAUGCGUUUAAGAAAAAAUUAUACAUCAUUUUCUUGAAAUAAAUUGAAAAACGUGUUAUAAUUUUAAUAAAAUAAUUAUAUUAAAGAAAAAGAAAAUAAUAUUAAAAAAUAGUUGCAACAAUUUUUUCGGUAGGAGUUAUCGAAAAAAAAAUACGAACGAAGAAUUACCUUUGUGUUCGUGAAAACUCUUCGUCUUGCUUUUACGUUGACUCCAAUAUUGUGCAAAAAAAGAUAAUAAAUUUGGGCUCUGCUGCUGUUUUUUAUGCAUAACUACAUUUGGCAAGAGUAAAUCGAAACAAUAUACUGCAUUUUACUUAAAAUUAUUAACUAAAAUUUAUACAUUUGGUGCUUAGUUGUGCUUAAUUUUGAAAAUUGUGAAAUAUAAUUGAAAAAAUUAUCUUAACAAAAUGUCUGCUGAACGUGAAAUACCAGCAGAGGAUAGUAUUAAAGUCGUCUGUCGUUUUCGUCCACUAAACGAUAGCGAAGAAAAAGCCGGUUCAAAGUUUGUUGUUAAAUUUCCUAAUAGCAGCGAAGAAAAUUGCCUUUCUAUUGCGGGUAAAGUUUACCUCUUCGAUAAAGUCUUCAAACCAAAUGCAUCCCAAGAGAAAGUCUACAAUGAAGCCGCUAAAUCCAUUGUUACCGAUGUCUUGGCCGGUUAUAACGGCACAAUAUUUGCCUACGGUCAAACAUCUUCGGGUAAAACACAUACCAUGGAAGGUGUUAUUGGUGAUUCGGUGAAGCAGGGUAUCAUACCGCGUAUUGUCAAUGACAUUUUCAAUCACAUUUAUACGAUGGAAAUGAAUUUGGAAUUCCAUAUUAAAGUGUCCUACUAUGAAAUCUAUAUGGAUAAGAUUCGUGAUUUACUCGACGUUUCCAAGGUAAAUUUGAGCGUGCAUGAGGAUAAGAAUCGCGUGCCGUAUGUAAAAGGUGCCACAGAGCGUUUUGUCUCAUCGCCGGAAGAUGUAUUUGAGGUCAUAGAGGAGGGUAAAUCAAAUCGUCACAUUGCCGUUACAAACAUGAACGAACAUUCUUCACGUUCUCACUCAGUAUUCUUGAUUAAUGUUAAACAAGAGAAUUUAGAAAAUCAAAAGAAAUUGUCGGGUAAAUUGUAUUUGGUCGAUUUGGCUGGUUCUGAAAAGGUAUCGAAAACCGGUGCCGAAGGUACUGUCUUAGAUGAGGCGAAAAAUAUUAACAAAUCUUUGUCCGCUUUGGGUAAUGUUAUCUCUGCCUUGGCCGAUGGCAAUAAAACGCACAUACCCUAUCGUGACUCGAAAUUGACACGUAUUCUCCAAGAAUCUUUGGGUGGUAAUGCACGCACAACUAUUGUUAUUUGCUGUUCUCCUGCCAGUUUUAACGAAGCUGAAACCAAGUCCACUCUUGAGUUUGGUCGCAGAGCCAAGACUGUCAAGAAUGUUGUCUGUGUCAAUGAAGAGUUGACGGCCGAAGAAUGGAAACGUCGCUAUGAAAAGGAGAAGGAAAAGAAUGCUCGUCUCAAGGGUAAGGUGGAGAAACUUGAAUUGGAAUUGGCCCGCUGGCGUGCCGGUGAAACGGUCAAUGCCGAGGAACAGGUCAAUGUAGAUGAUGUCAUGGAGGCCAGUACUCCCAAUCUGGAGGUUGAACCUGUUGCUCCCGCUGCUACUACCGCUCCUGUGCCAGCCACACCUGCGGCCGGUCUUAUGUUAGGCUCCAUUAGUAGUGAUGAACGUGCCCGCUUGGAGGCAGAACGUGAACGCCUGUACCAACAAUUGGACGAGAAGGAUGAGGAAAUCAAUCAACAGAGUCAAUAUGUUGAAAACCUCAAGGAACAAAUCCUCGAGCAGGAAGAACUUAUUGCCAAUGCUCGUCGUGAGUAUGAGGCUCUUCAAUCGGAAAUGGCACGCAUCCAACAGGAGAACGAAUCGGCCAAGGAAGAAGUCAAAGAAGUUUUACAGGCCUUGGAAGAAUUGGCUGUUAACUAUGACCAAAAAUCUCAAGAAAUCGAUACCAAGAACAAGGAUAUCGACACCUUAAAUGAAGAACUGCAGCAAAAGCAGACUUUGCUUAACACUACCACCGCUGACUUGCAACAACUUCGUGAUAUGUCCUCUCACCAAAAGAAACGCAUCAACGAAAUGUUGUCCAAUUUAUUGCGCGAUUUGGCUGAAGUAGGUCAAGCCUUAGCAUCGGGCGAUUCUGCGAUGGAUAUGAAAAUGAAUAGCAUACCUAGUGCCGGCGACAGUGGCAAAGUGGAAGAAGAUUUCACUAUGGCUCGCCUGUACAUUAGCAAAAUGAAAACCGAAGCCAAAAAUAUGGCUCAACGUUGCUCCAGCAUGGAAACUCAACAGGUGGAUUCAAAUAAGAAACUUUCCGAAUACGAAAAGGAUCUCGGAGAGUACCGCCUACUUAUCUCACAACAUGAGGCUCGCAUGAAAUCUCUACAGGAAUCAAUGCGUGAGGCUGAAAACAAGAAGCGUGCCCUUGAAGAGCAAAUCGAUUCAUUGCGCGAAGAGUGUGCUAAACUCAAGGCCGCCGAACAUGUGUCCGCAGUUAAUGCCGAGGAAAAACAAAAGGCCGAACAACUACGUUCCAUGUUCGAUUUACAAAUGGACGAAUUACGUGAAGCUCACACCAAACAGGUGUCCGAAUUGCGUGAUGAAAUCAUUGCCAAACAGCAUGAAAUGGAUGAAAUGAAGGAUGUCCAUCAGAAAUUAAUAUUGGCACAUCAGCAAAUGACGGCCGAUUAUGAGAAACUCAAGCAAGAAGAGGCUGAUAAAUCCAAUAAAUUACAAGAAAUCAUACUCACCAACGACAGACGUGAACAGGCACGUAAAGAUUUGAAGGGUUUGGAAGAUACAGUAGCCAAGGAAUUGCAAACUCUACACAAUUUGAGAAAGUUGUUUGUACAAGAUUUGCAAGUCCGUAUCAAGAAAACUGUCAUCAACGAAGACAGCGAAGAAGAUGGUGGCUCACUGGCCCAAAAACAAAAAAUCUCCUUCCUCGAGAACAAUCUCGAUCAACUCACCAAGGUACACAAGCAAUUGGUGCGCGACAAUGCCGAUUUGCGUUGCGAAUUGCCCAAAUUGGAGAAACGUUUGCGCACGACAAUGGAACGUGUCAAGGCCUUGGAAACAGCGUUAAAAGAAGCCAAAGAAGGCGCUAUGCGUGAUCGUAAACGUUAUCAAUAUGAAGUUGAUCGUAUUAAGGAAGCCGUACGACAAAAACAUCUCGGACGUCGUGGUCCCCAAGCGCAAAUUGCAAAACCCAUACGUGCUGGUCAAGGUGCAAUUGCAAUUCGUGGUGGUGCCGGCGCUAAUCCCACACAAAUGCCUCAAGCAAGUGCUGUUAGUUCGUAAAAAGAUUAAUUUGUAAUUUUUACUACAAUUAUUAUUAUUAUUAUUUUUA